AUGUUGUGGCCAACAGCCUUGACUACUGCCCUCCUUGCCUCAGUGGCCGUCUCGUCACCAUCUCUCCAUCUUCGACAACAACAAGAAAAUGUCCUUGCCAAUCUUUCGCUUGCCGACUUUGUCGCUCAAGAGAGAACCAUCGCUCUCCAAGGAGUGCUGGCCAAUAUUGGCGGACUCAACUCCAGCUUGGUUGAAGGAGCCAGCCCUGGUGUCGUCGUUGCCUCUCCCUCCACCGUGAACCCCAAUUACUUCUUCACAUGGACCCGAGACUCGGCUCUGACCUAUAUCAUGCUCAUUGAUGAGCUCAUAUUUGGCAACACCAGUCUCAAAGGCACCAUCGAAGAUUACACUAGCGCUCAAGCCUUUCUCCAAACAGUCACCAAUCCAUCAGGCUCCUUAUACCCUGCUGGCGAUGGUCUAGGCGAGCCAAAGUUUUAUACCAACCUCACCAGAUUCGAUGGUACUUGGGGUAGACCUCAACGAGAUGGUCCUGCACUCAGAGCCAUUGCAUUUAUGAAUCUAGCGCCAGUUCUCUUUGCUCUGAAUGAAACCGACGAAUUCCGAAGAAUUUACUGGCCUUUGGUCACCAAUGAUCUCCUUUAUACCAGUCAAUAUUGGAAUCAGGCAUGUCAUGACAAGUUGAUCCUUUCUACCCGUCUAAUCCGAACUGGUUAUGAUCUCUGGGAAGAAGUUCAUGGAAACUCCUUUUUCACAGUUGCCGCUCAACACCGGGCCCUCGUACAAGGAGCAUUGCUCGCCGAAGAAAUUGGAGAAGAAUGUGAAUUUUGCCAACAGGCUGAUCAAAUCCUGUGUCUCUUAUCGAACAAUUUCUGGAAUGAAACUGGUGGUUAUAUCACUGCUGAUAUCAACGUGAACAAUGUCAACCGCAGUGGUAUCAACGCUGAUCCGCUGCUUGCUGCCAUCACGAACUUUGAUUACAAUGCUACCUGUGAUUCAGUAUACCAACCCUGCAACUCUCGAAUCUUAGCCACUCACAAAGUUGUCGUGGACGCCUUUCGCAAUCUCUACCCAAUCAACAAGAACGCAACAGCUCCCAAGGCAGUCCUUAUCGGUCGAUAUCCCGAAGAUACGUAUUUCAAAGGAGGUGCUUGGCCAUUAUGUACCUUUGCCGCGGCAGAACUACUCUACGACGCCGCAGCUCAACUCAACGAAAUUGGCACUCUGAGUAUCGACGAAGAUAGUCUAGCAUUCUUCCAGGAUCUCUAUCCCGAUGCCAAUGUUUCCGACUACACAGGAAACGAGCUCCGCGUCAUUACCGGAGCAAUGACGACCUACGCAGAUGGGUUCAUCAGCGCAGUCCAGCAAUAUAUCCUUCCCAACGGGUCCAUCUCGGAACAAAUCAACACCACAUCCGGGGCAUCCUACUCUGCCAGUAAACUAACCUGGUCAUUCGCAUCAUUCAUCACGGCAUCUCAACGUCGUGCACGGCAAUACCCACCGUCAUGGGGCGCAUGGACCGAUCUCGCCCAUGGAAACCUCACCUCUUCGCAAUGUGAAUCCAGUUCCUACAACGCCACGGGUCAAUACCUCCCUGCCACCGGCGCAGGGGCACCGAAUAUCACGAAUCUCACGUCGCUGUGUUACAGUGAAGUCAUCUUUAGCGUCAAUGCCACCACCUCGUUCGGGACGAAUGUGUUUCUUGCUGGGAAUGUGUCGCAAUUAGGUGGGGCGCUUGAUGAUCCAGAGAAGAUUAUCUUGCCCCUGAAUCCGGGGAAUUAUUCGUCGACGAAUCCCGUGUGGUAUGUGGAUAUUUGGCUCGAGGCGGGAGAGGGCGUCGAGUAUCAAUAUAUCUUGCAGCAGAGUAAUGGCACGUUUCGUUUUGAGGGUGGACAGCUGAGAAACUUGACGGUGGGGGGAUGUGGAAGCGGUAAUGUCACGCGAGUGAAUGAUGUGUUCAACACGACCAUGGGGACGAAUGCGAAUGCGAAUGCGAGCGUAAGUGCGUAG